CUUCUUAUUAGGACACCAGCAGCCCUUAAAUCGCGCACCUCCCCGUUUUUUCAUGAAGAUACAAACUGCGGUGAGCGGUGAUUUUGCGCUUAAUACAACACAGCAGAGCAGCUCUUCAGUGCCGGCGUUCUCACAACGAUUUUAUUUCAGUUCUCAGACGCGGAGUUGAAUAACAAACUUUAUUCUCUCUCUCCCCACGUGUUCGCUGUCUGACUCUUCUUCUUCUCCGGCCGCAGAGACACUAAGGACACCGCAGGACCAACGAUGAUGACGGCUGGAGAUCUUGCCCUGUCCACGCUGGUCAUCCUGGCGCUGUCAUCCAGCUGCGUCCUCGGCGGGUACGGCAUGAGCCUGUUCGCGGCGCAGACCUCUCCGCCAGACCCGUGUUACGACGAGAACGGCAAUCCGCGCCGCUGCAUCCCGGAUUUUGUCAACGCCGCCUUCGGGAAGGAAGUGAAGGUUUCCAGCACCUGCGGUAAGACGCCCAGCCGCUACUGCGUGGUGACAUCGGCGGAGAAAGGAGACGAGAGGACCAGGAACUGUCACACCUGCGAUGCCUCAGACCCCAAGAAGUACCAUCCUCCAGCCUACCUGACGGACCUCAACAACCCCCACAACCUCACCUGCUGGCAGUCCGAGAACUUCAUCCAGUUCCCGCAGAACGUCACCCUCACCCUGUCCCUGGCAAAGAAAUUCGAGGUCACCUACGUGAGCCUGCAGUUCUGCUCGCCUCGACCGGAAUCCAUGACUAUUUACAAGUCCAUGGACUACGGUAAAACUUGGGUGCCGUUCCAGUUCUACUCGACCCAGUGCAGGAAGAUGUACAACAAACCGAACAGGGCCGUCAUCACCAAACAGAACGAGCAGGAGGCCGUGUGCACGGACUCCCACACCGACAUGUAUCCUCUGACCGGGGGCCUCAUCGCCUUCAGCACGCUGGACGGUCGACCGUCGGCGCACGAUUUCGACAACUCUCCGGUGCUGCAGGACUGGGUCACGGCCACCGAUAUCAAAGUCGUCUUCAGCCGCCUGCACACGUUCGGGGACGAGAACGAGGACGACUCGGAGCUGGCUCGGGACUCGUACUUCUACGCCGUAUCCGACCUGCAGGUCGGGGGCAGAUGCAAAUGUAACGGACACGCGUCCCGGUGCGUAAAGGACAGGGAUGGGAGUCUGGUGUGCGAGUGCAAACACAACACGGCCGGGCCGGAAUGCGACAGGUGCAAACCUUUCCACUAUGACAGACCCUGGCAGAGAGCCACAGCCAGAGAGGCCAACGAGUGUGUGGCCUGUAACUGCAACCUUCACGCCCGACGCUGCCGCUUCAACAUGGAGCUGUACAAGCUGUCGGGGAGGAAGGGCGGAGGAGUCUGCCUCAACUGUCGCCACAACACAGCGGGGCGCCCCUGCCACUACUGCAAGGAGGGCUACUACAGAGACCUGUCCAAACCCAUCUCCCACCGCAAGGCCUGCAAAGCAUGUGAUUGCCAUCCCGUGGGUGCUGCUGGGAAAACCUGUAACCAAACCACAGGACAAUGUCCCUGCAAAGACGGCGUGACGGGAAUCACGUGCAACCGCUGCGCUAAAGGCUACCAGCAGAGCCGCUCGCCCAUCGCCCCCUGUAUAAAGAUUCCAAUUGCGCCUCCGACCACCCCGCCCGCCAGCACGGAGGAGCAGUCAGAUUGUGACUCAUACUGCAAGGCGUCAAAAGGCAAACUGAAAAUCAACAUGAAGAAAUACUGCAACAAAGACUACGCCGUCCAGGUCCACAUUCUGAAGACAGAAAAGGCCGGAGAGUGGUGGAAGUUCACCGUCAACAUCAUCUCCGUCUACAAGCAGGGCGAGAGCCGCAUCCGCCGCGGGGACCAGUUCCUGUGGGUCCGGGCCAAAGACGUGGCCUGUAAGUGUCCCAAGAUCAAGCCUGGGAAGAAGUACCUGUUGCUGGGGAACGACGAGGACUCCCCCGGGCAGAGCGGAGUGGUGGCGGACAAGGGCAGUCUGGUUAUUCAGUGGAGGGACACGUGGGCACGCAGGCUGAGGAAGUUCCAGCAGCGGGAGAAGAAAGGCAAGUGCAAGAAGCCAUAGGCGGAAAAACAUUGGAGGACGUCAGGGCUCGAGGAGGAAUUCAAAAGAAACUCCGAGCAGGUGAUUUGGAUAAAAGAGAGAGGGGGAGAGAGUGAGAGAGAGAGACGGCAAGAGAUGGACAGAGGACCACAGACAGAGAAGAGACUGUUUCAGUUGCUGCUUUUUUGUGUAGAAGCAUGAAGAUAAUUAUUUAGGAUGAUUUGUUUUUUCUAGUGAACUUUUGUUGAAGGAGCUCACUCUGCAGAUUUGGGUUUUUUUUUUAAAUGUUUUUGUUUUGUUUUGUUUUUUACUUUGGAGAUUCGUCUCUUGUGGAUUUGCCGAAUUUGCACCUAAUACCAGUAUAUUAAAGUACUUGUUUCUUGUUAUUUCAAUAAGAAAUUAUAAAGGUUUUUUUUAUUUUCUGUAGGUGCAAAAUGACACACAAACCCCCCACGUAAUAACCACUACAAUUCUGCCUCUGCAUGGUUUUGUUACCGUCGUCUUAGCUCUUGUUUGAACGACAGACUUCACUGAGGCAGAACUCCUGAUCAGAACUGAACCACAGAGAGGAUUUUCACAGUCCUGAGUGACGCUCCGGCUCUUAGUUCACCUGACUUGUACAACUCUUGCCUCAUUUUCAGCUGAAAAAGCAAGGACGUUGUUGCUAACCUUCUCUGGCCCAGGCAGUGGUUCCAAAACUUUCUCAGCAGCUACUGUACACACCACAUCCACAGCUUCAAAACUCCAUUCAACUUUACCUAAAACACUGUAAUACCUCGAAAAUUACUAUUGUCAGUCAAAAAGGAAAUUGUUUAUACUCCAUACUGAUGGACAUAAAAGUAAAAUAUUAACAAUCAAAAACACAAAAUCUACCCAGCUGCCACCCCACAGGGACCCGCCCCACACUUGGAGAACCACUAGAAUAAAACUUCAGUAGAGACAGAUCUGAUCUGUUUGGUUUGUUUCAUCCAUUUCUGAGGCGCAGUCAGUGUUUGUACAAAGUUACAUGUAAAUGCUUAACGUUAAGUUUGUUUUAACUGGUGCUGCUUAUGUCACUCAUGGUUCAACAUUUCCAGGCAAAGACACAUUCAACAGUCACUGAUCGCAACCCCAGAGCUUUCAUUCAAAACUCUCGUAAAAUAAAACAACAGCCCUGAUAGGAACACGAUGACAUCAGAAGCUGAAGUCCCAGCUUCAUACGGAGUUCGAGGCUCCGCCCCAGGCAAACAGAGCCGCCGCUCUAACACGCCGUCACCACUGACCAUGACCUGCACUUAGCUGUUCCAAGUGCAACGAUGCAGAUGUUAGAAUGUGUCUCUUUUCUUCACACCAGCUCACGACAAACUGUAAACACUGUGUGGAAAAAUGUAUUUUUUAAAGGAGGAAAUUCUUUUUUUUUUCUGAUCUCUGUCGCACGUAAGGUGAUACAAAAAACAAACGAUCUUUUCUUGGAAAGAUUUGCAAAUAAGGAAGCACGGGAUGAAAAGGACUUGUACAGAAGGGAACGCAAAGACACACAAACAAAAAACAAACAAACAGGAAAUCGUAUCAAAAUGUGUGACGGAACACUACGAGACUGAAACACAGGUUCGCUGUCCACACACAGUGUACGGUCAAUCACUUGAUGCUGGACCAUUUCAAACACACCGUUCAUUCAAACGCUGUCCACUUUGUAAACCAGGGCUUCUUUAAGUCCAUCACCAAGGAUUGAGCAACGCUUUGGGUGUUUGAGCAACUUCUUGAAACAGUUCAUGGCACAUUUAGAAUGUUGGGAAAAAUAUAUUGACAAAUGGUGAACAGCUUAACUAUAAAUAUAUAUAUAUACCUAUAUAUUCACACAUAUAUGUAUAUAUAUUUAAAUAUAUAGAUACAUAUAUGUACAUAUGUGUGUAUAUAUAUAAAUAUAUACAUAUAUAUUCACACAUAUAUAUACAUUGGUAUAUAUGUGUAUAUAUAAAAAUAUAUAUACACAUAUAUUCACAACUAUGUAUGUGUAUGUGCAUAUAUAUGUAUACACCAGGUGCCUUGGUGAAAAGUAAACUUUCUUGCAGUGUGAGUUAACGUCAAAACUGUGUGAAAAUAUUGGAUAUACAGCACAGCUCAUCCUGCGCACGCGUUACAAAAAAAAAACCGCGCAAAAAACGUUUCAUCCGAUCAAUUUCACGAUUUACCUCCUUCAGUUCGACAGCCCUGACACAUGUUUAAAACCAGCAGUUCACACUCUCCACGUUCUGAAGCCUCAUACUGUACAUUGUUUAUUCCGGAGUGAUUCUGGUUCAGCUCCCUGAUGAAAUGCUACACCCGUACCUGUCAAAGCCUUGCUUUGUGUUCAUACUAUGAAUUGUAAAUGUUUAGUUGUUACCAUUGCAAAGACCUUUCCUUAUUUUGCAAUGUUGUUUUUUUUUUCAAUGCGUACUAAUAUAUUACGGUUAUUAUAUAUGAAUAUAUUUAAUGACACAAGACAUUGUGGAUUUUAUUGUCUUUACAAACUUUUUUUUUCUUUUUUUUUUUACUUGUGGUUCUUUAGAUUGUUGCCAAUAAAGAAGGAAAUAAUAACUACUGAACACAGCGACCUGGUAGAACUAAGUACAGAUUUUCAGUUGAAAUAAACUUGUUACAUUGAAAA